GCGGCUGCCGUGGGAACCGCGCUGUCUGGGCUCAGCUACCCCUCGCUGGCGGAGGCGAGAGGGUGGGGGGCCGGUGAGGCGCAGCUCCUCGGGCAGCUCCGGGUCGCUUAGCGGCCGGGGACGUGCCCGUCCUUUUUCCCUGCAGGGCGGCGGAGACCGGAGGGCGGCAUCCGCGGCUGGCAAGGCCAGAGGGUCCGCAGCCCACCGAGCCGAGCACAGGGCUGUGUGGGUGUGCGUGUCCCUAUCUCCGUGGCAGGCCGGCAACGCCGAAGCCGAACUUGAAUUCUGUGCGGCUGAUUGCAGAGCUGUCUUGACGCCCCGAGGUCUCGGAUCGGCGACCCCCGAGGGACAGAGGUCGGCUCUUAGCCCGGAGACGAGCUUUCUCGCGGAGGCCACCGGUUGCAGAGCUGCAAGUGAAAUAAAGGCGCGCGCGCGCUCGUUCCUGCCAUCCUCCCCUACUGAGAUAGGCGAGCCCCCCAGCACCCCUGCACCUUCGGCUUUUCCACAAAGCCUGAGCAUCUCGCUCUGUUCGGACACCCCGAUCGUCCUCAGUCAUGGCUAGCAUCAUCGCGCGCCUGGGUAGUAGCCGGCGGCAGAACGCACCCUUGCCGCCCUGGGCCCAUUCUAUGCUGAGGUCCCUGGGGAGAAGUCUCGGCCCUUUAAUGGCCAGCAUGGCCGAGAGAAACAUGAAGUUGUUCUCGGGGAGGGUGGUGCCAGCCCCGGGGGAAGAAACCUUUGAAAACUGGCUGAUCCAAGUCAAUGGGGCCCUGCCCGAUUGGAAUAUGCCCGAGGAGGAAAAGCUCAAGCGCUUGCUGAAAACGCUGCGAGGCCCGGCCCGGGAGGUCAUGCUUUUGCUGCAGGCGGCCAACCCCAACCUGACCGUGGCCGAUUUCCUGCGCGCCAUGAAAUUGGUGUUUGGAGAAUCCGAAAGCAGCGUGUCCGCUCACGGUAAAUUUUUUAACACCCUGCAGGCGCAAGGGGAGAAAGCCUCCCUUUAUGUGAUCCGUUUAGAGGUGCAGCUCCAGAACGCUAUUCAUGCAGGGAUCAUAGCUCAGAAGGAUGCCAACCAGACCCGCCUGCAUCAGCUCCUUUUAGGGGCCGAGCUGAACGGGGACCUGCGCUUUAGGCUGAAACAUCUUCUCAGGAUGUAUGCAAACGAGCAGGAGCGCCUCCCCAAUUUCCUAGAGUUGAUCAGGAUGGUCAGGGAGGAAGAGGAUUGGGAUGACACUUUCCUGAAACAGAAACGGCCCAAAAGAUGCGAGUCAGUGGUGGAGAGGGCCACCAGCCCGGUGGCAUUUCAGGGCUCCCCGCCGAUCGUGGUCGGCAGCCCCGACUGCAGCGUGAUAGAGAUAGAUGAUGCCCUCGAUGACUCAGACGAGGAUGUGAUUCUGGUGGAGUCUCACGACCCUCCACUGUCAUUCGUGGCCUCUCCUCUCCCCAGACGCAGGGCCAGACCGAGGGAUCAAGUGCUAAUCAUUGAUUCCCCUAGCAGUUCCCGGGCUCAGUCUCCUUCCACCAGUGGGGGCUCGGGCCAUAAGAAUGAUGGUUCUAGGCACCUGCGUAGAACCAGGAAGCGAAAAUACACAAUCCGCUGCUCCUAUUGCGGCGAGGAGGGCCACUCAAAGGAAACCUGUGAUAAUGAGAGCAAUCGGGCCCAGGUGUUUGAGAAUCUGAUCAUCACGCUGCAGGAGCUAACCCACACAGAGGAGGAGGGGCCCCGGGAGGCCCCUGGUGACCUUGAUGAUCCUUCUGAGCUGCAGUGACAUGGUAGCCCCUAGCCUUAAAGGAACCCUGACCCAUAUUCCCAGUCCAGCCACCGGACAACUGGGGAGGGGCGCUUCUAAUUGCAUGAAUCCACCAAGCAGCUUUCUUUCCCGAGUGGCGUAGAAAGGGUCUUGGAUACCAGCACAGUGGAGGGAGACAGCCUGACUUCUGUCCUUGCUUCCCCCGCCCCCCUUCUCCGCUGCCUAAAGUGUCUGUUUUCUUUGUGUGCCCAUUUCCUUGAUGGCUCCGUUCUCUUUGUGAAAGUGGCAUAAUUCAUCGUUAAAUCUUCAAACAAUAAAGAAACAUACCAGAAAGUCAAGUACAAGUUACCCCAGACUCUCCACCCUGAGUUGUCAGCCCUUUGAUGAAUGUCCUUCUAGAUACUUCCCUAUACCUGUGUAUCCAGAUAGAUAUAUGUAUAGAUAAAAGUGAUCAAAUAUAAGUGCUGUUCUAUAGUCUGUAUUUUUUCACCAGACGAUAUAUGUUGUGGGCUUCUAUGUCAAUAAAUAUAUAUCAGCAUCGAU